GAAAGGCGCGAGGGGUAGCGCUUGUUCCUGUUGCUGCGGAUGCCUCCGCCGCCUCCUCUCCUGCGGUCUUCCCGUUAGCCCGUUUGCCUAGGGAUAACAGAGGGGGCGGGGAGUCCUCGGGGGGAGGAUAGAUCCCUCUCUGCCCAUCCGUUGCGGAGAGGGAGCGCCCCAACCUCCGCCUGUGCAGCCCCUGCGGGUAUCUCGAGUGAAGGGGUCCUCGGUCAGGUGCAGAGCUAUUAAAAGCAGCAAACAGGCGCCUUUGGGCUGGCUGUGCCGAGAAAUAAUUAGGCCAGAUAUCGGUUACUCAGCUUGGGUGAUUACGUGAAUAUCAGUGUUGUGUGUGUCGGGGCCAGAGUUAUCUGGAGAGCUGGAUACUUCCUACCGGUGUCCUGAACUACCAUGAUAUCAUGGCAAGAUUUCGCAGGAGAACAUGCAUCGUUUUGCUGCUUUUUAUUUUAUUUAUUUGCUCUAUAAUGAUGGCACUGAAAACUCUGAGACCAGAAAGAGUUGGGUUUGGAGAUCCAUUUGGUCUUGGCCUGUUACCAGAUUUUCAGCAACAGACCACACAUUUAAAAAAGAAGUUCAGUCUGCAUAAGGGAGCAAAAGAAGACAGCUUCACGCGGACCAAAAGCGUUCACCCUCUACCGGUGAAUCUCAAAACAUCUACAACUUCUGUAAGAAAAAUGGAAGAGCUACCUCCUCCAAAUUAUAAUUUCCAUGUAUUUUACUACAGCUGGUAUGGGACUCCACAAUUUGAUGGAAAAUAUAUUCAUUGGAACCACCCAUUACUGACCCAUUGGGAUCCAAAAAUUGCAAGUGGUUAUCCAAAAGGCAGGCACAAUCCUCCAGAAGACAUUGGAUCAAGCUUCUACCCAGAACUUGGACCUUAUAGCUCUAGAGACCCAUCUGCCAUAGAAGCUCACAUGAAGCAAAUGAGAUUAGCAUCCAUUGGGGUAUUGGCUCUUUCCUGGUACCCACCUGUUAUGGCUGAUGAAAAUGGAGAGCCCACUGAUGGCCUUGUGCCUAUAAUUUUGGAUAUUGCACACAAGUAUAAAUUAAAGGUCACUUUCCAUAUUGAGCCAUAUAAAGACAGAGAUGAUCGCAGCAUGUACAACAAUGUCAAGUAUAUUAUAGACAAAUAUGGAAGCCAUCCAGCUUUUUACAGACAUAAAGUCAGUACAGGUAGAACCCUUCCCAUGUUCUAUGUUUAUGAUUCUUACAUCACAAUUCCAGAAAUGUGGGCAAAUCUGCUCACGGUAUCAGGAUCUCAAAGUAUACGUAAUACACCCUAUGACAGCUUAUUCAUUGCUCUUCUUGUAGAAGAAAAACAUAAACAUGAAAUCCACCGAAGUGGCUUUGAUGGGAUUUACACCUAUUUUGCCACAAAUGGUUUCUCUUAUGGUUCAAGCCAUCAUAACUGGCCCAGUUUGAAAGCUUUCUGUGACAUAAAAAACUUAAUGUUUAUUCCAAGUGUGGGCCCAGGGUACAUAGACACCAGCAUCCGACCAUGGAACAAUCACAACACACGCAAUCGUGUCAACGGAAAAUAUUACGAGACGGCCUUCAGUGCUGCGCUUCUAGUACGACCUGAAAUCAUUUCCAUCACCUCUUUCAACGAAUGGCAUGAAGGGACUCAGAUUGAAAAGGCCAUUCCUAAAAAGACUGAUGUGACAACUUACCUGGAUUAUCAGCCUCAUAAGCCAAAUAUCUAUCUGGAACUUACUCACAAGUGGUCUGAAAAAUAUAGCAAAGAAAAGGAACAGUGGCUUACAUGAGUUGCUACUGUGGUUGAGAAUUCUACAUUGAAUCUAUCAUUGAUAGAUUGAGAAGAUGUUAUAAGGAAGCAGUCAGACUAUUUCUACUAGAAAGUUUUCACUUUAAGGAACAAAGGUAACAACAAGCAAUAUUAUCCCUUCAGUUACUUUAUUAUAUGAAGACUGUGUUAGCCAUGCUUAAUAUUGUAUAUAUUAUUCUGUAUUACAAGUACUGUUUCCCGAGUAUUUGAGUGGCGGUACAAAUAGACUGUUAAAGAGCUAAAUUCAAAACUGGCUGCAAUUAAAAUAGUUACAUAAGAUAUUUGCAUGCAGCUGAUUUUUUUCCAUUUUUUGGAGGGGGGAAAACUCUCUCAAAGCAAAACAAGUUUAGAACCAAUUUCAAAUACAAUUUGAAGUUGAGAAAUAACUUCAAGCAAAGGUCGUACUCACAUCCAGUCCUUGGAUCAGAAGCUUGGAACAACUAUGUACAAAGAUAUUUAUCCAAGUCUAUUGAAGAUUAAUGUGUAUAUGAUGCGUGAUACUGUAAAGAAAGGAAUUCUCUGGGAACUUUUUUAGUUCAAGAACCACUUAAAAUUAAUUAGUGCUAUGUAAGAGCACAGUGUUGGGGUCCUAUGCAAUUCUUGUUUAAUCUCCAUGUGAAUAGCUGGAACUGGUAAUAAAUUCCCUGUUAUUAUAUUUGGUGUGCUUUUCAGAACACGAAAAACCUUUUAUUUGCUUUUACUUUAUUAAAAUUAGUGAAAGAUAUGAAAUUUUCAUAAUAUUCCUAGGCAGUAAUAGUUUCAGUUUAGCUGUUUCUAAAAAGUGGUAAAUUGCCACCCACUUUUUAUGUGAAUUACUACAAGUAAAAUUAGGGAACAACUCUAAUUCCCCCCCCCCAAAAGAAAGAAUGAGGAAAGGGGAAAUUAAAGCAAUUACCAACUAAAAUUGAAACACUGGGAAAUUCUAAAGUGUCAUUUAAUUUAUUCAUAGGAUAGUCUGACCUGGACUUUAAUGGGAAGAGCUAUUCCUAAUAGGGAGAGCUAAAAGCCAUGUUUAGUUCUAUCCCAACCAUCAGAAUGUUUUAUUUUGGGGGUUCUGUUUUUUUGUUUUUAAAGAAAAUGGUCUAGCAAAAUAGCUUAGUUUUCAGGACAGGCUCAGAAUGGGCCCAGACAUUUUUUGCUGCAGCAUUCUAACUGCUGCUCCUUUUUCAUUUGCCUUAUUUUCCUGGCCACAAAAAUGUCUGCUGCAGUGGAAGCUAUUUCUGCUGAGAAACAUGUUUUUCCCAGGUGCCUGCAAACUUUGCAUAGAAACAUCUAGACUAAACCAUAUCCUGUGGUUUUAGUUAGAGAAUAAUGCAGGUGCAUUUCUUGACAUCCCAUCACUAAUAUAAUAUUGCCAUCUGCUGCCAAAUGGGCAAAAGAAGGUGAGAGAGAAACCAUGUCCUCAGCCCAUUUCCUCCACUACUUCUCUCUUUGCUUUUUAGCAAUUGAUAAAUGUUCAAGGAGUUGAGGUUCGGGUUUUCUAGGCAUUUUGUUACUAUUUUUCCCCUACAAAAGAUCUAGCUUUAGUUACAUACCACUGGAAAUAAUGCGAGGACUUUUUAAAAAGACAUGCAAUUUGAAGCGAUUAGCUGUGAUAAAAGACAUUGUUCUUUGCCAGUUUUAUAACUAUUUCUACAAAAGUAAAUGGCCCGUUGCAUUUUAGUAUAUAUCUCUGUAAUAGGUAUCCAGUGCAGAGAUACCAGUGGAUAUCUCUGCACUGAAACAGCGGUCACCCAUCUUUCUGGAUCUGCGGAUCGAGGGGGGAGGGGAUGAUUUUGCAUGUUCAACUUAAUCCCAAGUGUGCGCCUCGCUUGUGCAGACCAGUUGCCAACAGGCCACAAACCGGUCAUGGUCCACAGACCAGGGGUUGGGACCCUGCACUAAAGAACAAUAUAGAUAUAUUAUAAAGUGCAUUUUUUUUAAUUCAGCAAAUUGUGAGCUGAAUUUUAUCUUUCCUAUCUAAUCAUAGAUUAUAGCUAAUGCAUACAAACCACAUAUACAACCAUAGAUAAUAAUAGCAAUAGCAUUUAGACUUAUAUGCCACUUCACAGUGCUUUACAGCCCUCUCUAAGCAGUUUACAGAGUCAGCAUAUUUCCCCUCACAAUUUGGGUCCUCGUUUUACUGACCUUGGAAGGCUGACUCAACCUUGAGUUGGUGAGAAUCGAACUGCCGAACUACUGGCAGCCAGCAGUCCACACACUUAGUCUGCAAUACUGCAUUCUAACCACUGUGCCACCAUGUUAUGGUUUAAAUGUGUUAUACAACUCAAUUUUCAUAGAUGCCAGGACAGAGCUUUAUUAAUGCUGUUUUUUUGCCAACAGAAAACUAAGUGGUUAUUGUUUAUUUAUUAUAUCACUUAUUAAUUACUGCAAAUGUUUUAUGAAUUGUCCCUUGCAAGAAGGGAUAGGGAGUCUGCCAAUGGCAGAGAGCUUUGUGGAGCAACAGCAAGCAAGAUUAUACAGCUGAGUUUAGUUGCAAAAUGGCUGAUUCAUGUGUCCUUUGGCAUAGAUCAGUGAUGGCGAACUUUUUAGAGACCAAGUGCCCAAAAACUGGCCCUGCCCCAUCCCCUGCCCCGCCCUGCUCCACCCCUGCCCUGGCCCACUCUGCCCCACCCUGCCUGCCCUCAGGGCCACUCACCACCUCCAGGGCCUGCCGCAGAUCGCCAUGGCAGCCACACUCUUUGCCCGCGCCCUGCAGUAUCAACUGUGUGUGUUGGGGCUUGAGGGCAGAGCCUUGUCUACGCUGCCUGGUUGCCAUGUCCUUGGCUGCACUGCUCCGCUUGGGCCACGCUCAGGGGCAACUCUCCUCUAGGGGGGUUGCUGGUGGGUUCACAGGGGGAAGCAAGGCUGGGGCAACGGCACGUGUGCCCACAGAGAGGGCUCCGAGUGCCACCUCUGGCACCCGUGCCAUAGGUUCACCACCACUGGCGUAGGUACAAUUUUAAGGAUGGAAAUGAAAACAUACACUUCCUUUAAUUCCUUGAACUUCCCAGAGUGAAAAAAAUAUGCUGAAAUAUUUCAUCCACUUUUAAUGACAUCACUAUAUUAGGAAAGGAGAAGCAGAUUCUUAAUUACUUUAUUGGUCUACUCUUAAGCCAGAGAAAAGGAAAGCCCUUGUCAGAAGUUUCCACUCCAUGUGGAUAUGAAUUUUUAUUUGUCACGCUCAAUUCAUAGGUAGGAAUUUAGGAACUAUCAAGCUCUGAAAACAAUGUAGCUAUUUCCUUAGGCACUUUGAAUAAUCAGGUCAGUUAACUAAGAUUCUGUAUCAUUUACUUCUUGCUUCCGUUUGUUCACUUGGAAAUACUAUGAUCUGCCCUAGGUAUAUGGAUAGAAAAGAGGAACCCCAUACAUAGUUGGAGCUUCUAGACACUCAAGUAGCCAGCCUGUUUUUCAACAGAGUUGACAGCUGCAGCUGAGAUUUCAAACAAACUGCCAGCUAAAUAAUAGGCCUUUCUCCUCCCCCCCCCCUUCAUCAUAGAAUAUUGCUGGUUCCACUUCAUUGGAUAUCUAGAGUUUGAAGAGUUGUGCACAAUUGUUCUGUCAGCUAGGAUAAUUUAUAGCAGCAUUGUUCCUUUCGAUGUUUGAAAUCUUGAAAGAAAGCAGUUUUGCAAUAUUACAAUAUUACCAUACAGUCUUUCGUGUUCAGUUUUUAGUGCUAUUGCAGCUGCUUAGCUAUUGCAUUGACUGUUCUGAUCUAAUUUUAAUAAGAUUCCUUCAUUUAACAAUACAAGUUGCCCUCGUUCAUAUUUUCAUGGGUUUGGGCCCUACUUGGGUAUUAUACAUGCACAAAAUGGCUUCUUCACAUGGAUAAAGUAUAUUUGUUCAGUCUCAUUCACAUAAUCUGCUUAUCAGCUAGUGUUUGACAGAAAAUGAACCCCACAAUAUCAAUAGAAAGUACAUAAAUGUUCUAAGCAUAAUUUGGAGAAUGGAAUUUAAAUCCAGCUAGAUUUUCUCCUUUCACUUAAUGUAUUGUUUGGGCACAUAGAAUCGGUCAAGAACAGCAGGUAGCAAAUGUAACACUGACUUGUCAGGUAUAUAGAUUGUAGAUUGUUGUUGUAAAUCAGGGGUCUUCAAACUUGGCCCUUUUAUGACUUAUGGACUUCAACUCCCAGAAUUCCUCAGCCAGUGUGCCUGGCUGAGGAAUUCUGGGAGUUGAGGUCCACAAGUCAUAAAAGGGCCAGGUUUGAAGACCCCUGUUGUAAAUGUAUAUUUACUCUUCACUCUGCCACGAUAUGCUCUAUUUGGUUCUAUAGGAAUUACAGAACGUAUAGAAGUCAUGAUGCUGCUCCCUUGAAAAGACAAAUUGAAGUGUCUUAAUAAACAGAUGACCCCUUCACUUCAUAAAAUGUUUACGAGUAGUAAUGUUAUUAAAAUCGCUUUUUGAAAACAUUUUAGUGAAAUAUGUAGAUUGUUUUUCUUGUAUUUAUAGCAAAAUAAGUAUAGAUAUAGUUAAGGUGACUUGCCAUUUCUUCUUGGAGAAAUUAAAUGGAAAUCUGUAAAGAACAGUUUGUAAAUAAAUGUAUAUUUGGUUAAUCUUGCUCUUAACAUUGAGAUUUUUGUAACCUCAAAAAAAUCUGCUAAAGCUCAUCAAGCGGCACAUAGUCUGUUCCUUUGAUUAAUUUAAGCAAUGUAUUCCUGUUCAAGAGCUAGGUUUAUAAGGAAGAAAUGAUUUUAUUACUGCAAUUUGCUCAGAAAACCAAAUAUUACAAAGUAUUGAUGCACCCAGGCAAUUUUUCUCCCAACAUAUUCAGAAUGAAAAACAGUGAUAACCCCAGGAAAGGAAAUGCAUAUCCUUGUUUACCAGGUUUAAAUGAACAAUGCAGUGUGAAUAAUUUUGUGAGGGUUGUUAUUUUGUAUCUGCUUUGAUCUUCAAUAACAGUGUAUUUCAAAACUAAGGUCCCUAUAAAUAUAUAGUUAAGGAGAAAGUCAUGAAUCAGAAAAGGUCAUUUUCAAGAAAACUGGAAAAAUAAUGCCUCCUGAUAGGGAUGGCAACCUCCAAAGGUCUAAACCAGGGGUAGUCAACCUUGGCUCUUUUAUGACUCAUGGACUUCAUUUCCCAGAAUUCCUGAGCCAGCUUAGCUUAGCUGGCUCAGGAAUUCUGGGAGUUGAAGUCCACGAGUCAUAAAAGAGCCAAGGUUGACUACUCCUGGACUCUAAACUUUCACAGAAUCUAUGAUCUUGACCAAAAGAAAAGUCCAUUUUGGUAGAUUUCUUUCAACAUUUGUACAUUCAUUCUUACUCAGAAUCUAUGUACUUUUUGUCCAUAUUAGACUUAAUCAUAAAAAUACUUAGGCAUUGAUCUCUGAUUUCUGAAUUAUUCUUGUUACAUAUCUGUGAUAUCUGCAAUUAGAAGAUAAAUUAGCAUUGGACAACAUACAUUUUCACAUAGGUUGAAGUUAAAACAUAGGUUUUUUGUGGAAUUGUCGAAUACUUAAUCUCCAUGGAAUCAUUAAGUAGUUGAAAUUUUGUGAAAUAUCAUGUUAGAUGGCAAUAAAACUGGAAUUUUUAGAUUUAAUGGCAACAGAAACAGAACCUGUCAGCUAUCAAGAACUGACUUUCUUGUCAGUUGGGCUGAAGUCUGAAUAUUCCAAAUUAGAUACACAUUAUUGCAUGCUUAGCUGAUAGUUCUUUAUUCUGCCACUCUUUAUUACCACUUAUCUACUUGUAUAUAUUUAUUGCUUGAUUUGAGUCUACAUCGGAGUCAUUAAUUUACAAGACUGAUAGCAAACUUUCUACAGUCCAUUGAAGUCAAUAUGCUGAUUUGUGUUUGUGAAAUUUACUGUGGUGGUUGCAGGCAAAAGCUAGAUCAGUCAAAAUUACAAUUAGUUACUUAAUUGAAGUUCUACCUAAAGAUCCAGGACAACUAGAUAUUUAGUUUGAAUAGUUAGUGUAGUAAUGUAAUUCAGGUUUGAUUUAAAACCAGCAGUCUCCAGUGAUGAAAUUCAACCACAUAAUUUUUUCAUGAACUGCUUAACAUGAAAUUUCUCUCUUUAUCAAAUAAAUAAUUAGACUCAUGGUUAAUUCUUUGAAUAAGUUAGCCUUUAAAAACAGCACUUUGUGUAUAAAUAAAAGUAGGUUCCCUAUUAAAGCUCAUUAUUUACCUCUUUUUACUAAAUAUUAACCUUAUAUGUUGCUAAUGUUGAUUUUUUUUUAAUUGAAAAAAAUAUGCUAGGUUAUUUUACAACAAUUACAAAUGCUGUAAUUCCCCUGAUAUAGAAGUCAGAGGACAGUGGACUCUUGCUUCUGUUUAUCACUGAUGUGGCAGGCUUAUCUUUUUUCAUUUGGAUGCCCAAUCCCGAGUGAAAAACAUGAUAAGUUGUGUGACUAGUUAUUAAAUAAACUAUGUGACCUGCUUUAUUGACAUGCUUAAUAGUCAAUAUUUAUAAGGGCAUUCUUUUACCUUGUUUUGUUCAACUAAAGCACCAGGGGUGAGUUGAAAAAUUAUUCAUGAAUAUAUUUCUGAAAAUCCACUGGAAAAUAAUGUCUUUCACUGUAAUAUAUAUUUCAUGUAAUGUGUAUAAAUGCUUUAGUUUUAAAAUGUUAACAUUUUUACUCUGGCAUACUACAAAAAUUCCCCAGUGUUUUGUCCCAAGCUGUAAGAAAAAGUUCGCUAUCAGAAGCAGGGAUAGUAUAUUGGAGAGAAAAACUCUGAUAUGUGAAAAGUCACUUGUUUGUUUGGCUGUGGAAAAAAAUUUUUGAAAUAAAUAUAAACUGAGAGGUGGUGGAAAAAAAAUGGAAAUAUCCAUUUCAGAUUGCGGACUUCUAAUUUCUGCAGGAAGCCGGAGGGCUUUGCAAAUCCUUUGGAAGAGGCACUUCAAAGACACAGGAGCAAGAGUUGUGUAGUAUAAGCUCAUCUGCAUUGUGAAACAUUUCUUUUAAAGGAAUUGCACAGGAAGAUCUAAAAACUGUGAAGCUGUGGUUGGAUUUAGGAGUAGAAUGUAAACCUUAACAGGAUGCUGUUACAACCAUUCAAUAGAAAUUAUUUGCAGAUGUCUUCUUAUCCUCUGCCCAAUAUUGAAGCAUUGCAGAGCUGUGGGUCCUUUAGCAAAAGAAGCACAAAUAUACCCAUAACACUGGCCCAUGAAUGAAUAUUACACCCAAUGGGUAAUGGUUUUGCACACAGGAACAGUUUCAAUGUGUUUGAAAUACCUGUGUUGGUGUUUCAAUGUGUUUAACAUUUUGCAAGUAUAUUAUAGGGAUAUUUGCCCUACAGUACAUCUGGAAUGACUUAUUCGUUUAGUGAGCUUUUGAGAAAGCUUGAAAGAAACAUAAUUUACUAAAAUGUUUAGCUAUGAAGCUUUAUAGUUUCCUAUAACAGUCCUGUUUCAUGAGCUAGUGAAAUAAACAACAAUCUUCCUCUUAAAUCACCCUGCUACCCUCCCAUAGCAUGUACAUUCUGUUCAGUUUCAGGAAAAUGAGACUUCCCUUAGCAAAUUUUGAAGUUUCAUGUGGAGCUGAGGUAAUCACCACAUCAAUUUAUAGAAACAAAACCAUUAGAUUUAUAAUUGUCUCCUGGAUAUUUUUAAUACAUGUGGUAUGACCACUGUUCAGACUCAUCUGAAAUCCCACAGGAUGGGGGGGGGAGGAAAUGUGAAACCAUUUUAGAAUAAAAAUUAUUUAAAAUAAUAUUAAUUUACAAAUAUUGGAGACUUUAUUUUUAAUGGCAUAUUGCAUGAUAAUGUAUGUAAUGUACAAUACCUCAUUUUUUUUGCACCUUUACAUGUAUCUAUCACUCACGUUGCAUAAUGCUUUGAUGUACCUAAUUUGCGUUCAGUAUGUAGAAAAACUGAAAUAUACUGUAUUGUUCAUGAAAUACAAUUUUCAAACAGCAUACAUCAGAAAUCAUAAAAUCCAGCUAAAUAAUUUGCAGUAUAACUUGAACUAAGGACUGCAAAAGAUCCACAGUUACGUUUAAUAAAGAAAACUUGUUUCUAUUA